AUGGAUUCCGAGGAAGAGUAUCUGUCAAGCUCCGAUGAGCUGAUGCCAGACGAUAGCGGCGAUGAAAUGUCCGGUGCUGAAGAUUUUGACGAGGAUGACUUCGACGAACCAGACCCCGAUUUCGGCCUCUCCGCGAAAGAUCUCGACAAGAAGAAGGUAGCCGCUCACGCGGUAUCCUUCAAAGUCUUCGAGCCGUCCGACAUUAGGCGCCAACAGGAUGACAUGAUGAACGAUGUCAACAUGAUCCUUGAUAUGAACAAGGAAGAUGCCGCCAUCAUGUUACGCCACUUUCGAUGGAACAAGGAAAGACUAUUAGAAGACUACAUGGACAGGCCUGAAAAGGUCCUAGAGGCUGCCGGGCUGAACAGUAACACUUCUAGCCAGCCUAAGUUGCAAGCCAUCCCCGGCUUUGUAUGCGAUAUCUGCUGCGAAGAUGAAGAGGGCCUUGAGACCUUUGCUAUGAAGUGUGGCCACCGCUACUGCGUUGACUGUUACCGCCACUAUCUUACCCAGAAAAUCCAAGACGAGGGCGAGUCUGCUAGGAUCCAGUGUCCGUCAAAUGGAUGCGGCCGUAUUCUAGACUCACGGUCGCUUGACCUCCUAGUUACGCCAGAGUUGACUGAUCGCUACCAUGAACUGCUUAAUCGCACAUACGUGGAGGACAAGGAUACAUUCAAGUGGUGCCCGGCCCCAGACUGCCCCAACGCCAUAGAAUGCGGAGUCAAGAAGAAGGACUUGGACAAGAUUGUCCCUACUGUGGAGUGUCUCUGUGGUUACAGAUUCUGCUUCGGGUGCCCAAAUCCCGACCAUCAACCAGCACCCUGCGAUUUGGUUAAGCGAUGGCUGAAGAAAUGUGCCGACGACUCCGAGACGGCGAACUGGAUUUCCGCCCACACGAAGGAGUGUCCCAAGUGUAGCUCGACGAUCGAGAAAAACGGCGGAUGCAACCACAUGACUUGCCGCAAGUGCAAGUAUGAAUUCUGCUGGAUGUGUAUGGGACUCUGGUCUGAGCACGGCACUAGUUGGUACAACUGCAACAGGUAUGAAGAAAAGAGCGGAGCAGAGGCUAGAGAUGCGCAAACCAAAUCUCGCACGUCUUUGGAGCGUUAUUUGCACUACUACAACAGAUAUGCCAACCAUGAGCAGUCUGCAAAGCUCGACAAAGACAUCGCACAGAAGACGGAAAAGAAAAUGGUACAGCUUCAGACGACAUCAGGCAUGUCCUGGAUCGAAGUGCAGUAUCUCAACUCGGCAUCUCAGGCGCUUCAGACAUGCAGACAGACUCUCAAAUGGACUUAUGCUUUUGCAUUCUAUCUGGCGAAGAACAACUUGACAGAAAUAUUUGAAGACAACCAAAAGGAUCUCGAGAUGGCCGUCGAGAACUUGUCUGAGAUGUUCGAGAAGCCUAUCCAAGAGCUAUCCGACCCAAAGCUCAAGGUCGAUAUCAUGGAUAAAACCUCCUACUGCAACAAGAGACGUGUCAUUUUGCUGGAAGACACUGCUGAGAAUCUUGCAAAGGGUACGACAGGCACCGCUACCUCAAUCCAUGAUUCUUUAAGACUAACCAUGAGCGUAUAG